AUGGGUGGCCUGCUGAUCUACACGUGUGUUGACCUAUUUGACAAGUACGUUCAACAUACAACGAUGGCAAACAUCAAAGUGGAACUUGUCAAUGAGCUGCCAUUCCCAGCCAUCACUUUCUGUAAUCUGUCACCAUACAAGAAAUCAUCACUGAACCCUGACGCUGUCAUGGAUCACUUCCUUCUGACUGUGAGCAGGAUGAAAGAUUUUGUACCUCCAAUAGACUAUGACCACCCAGGAUACAGUAGCCUGUCACACCCCCUACCGGACGGAUGGCUCCUUAACGUUUCUUUCUCUGUCGCGGACUUAUAUUACGCAUGCGUCAAUACGACAAAUCAACGAAUGAAUUGUGAGGAUGUUCUCACUCCAACAAUAACUGACAUUGGGUUGUGUUAUACCUAUAACAGUCAAAAUGUUGGAGGGAAUGAUCCACUGGUCACGAGCUUAACCGGAAGUGCCAAGUCAUUGGCGUUUUACAUCAAUGUAAACCAGAACGAGUACGUUUACAGCGAUAACCUUGCGGCUGGAAUGAAGAUAAUUGUCCAUGAUCCUAGAGAAAUACCUGACACCAACAGCGGUUUCUUCGCCUCCCCGGGUUUCUCGGUUUACGCCUCUCUCACUCUUACCAAGUAUAAGUAUUUACCGUUUCCAUACCCGUCCGCUAGAGGUCGCUACUGCCUGGAUACAGAAGCUCCCGGUUUUCAGAAUCCUUUGAAUUACCAUGACAUGUAUAGUAUCUAUGCGUGUAUUCAGGAGUGUAAAUAUCACUACCUGGUUAAGCUGUGUGGAUGUCAGGCUCCUACAGAUACAGGUCCAGAGAGGACGUGUACAUUUCGGGAGUACGCUGAAUGUUACCGCAAUACCAGUCGAGGCGAUUACUUACAUAGUAUAGCCUUCCAGGAAACUUGCAUGUGUGACUCCCCAUGUGAGUUCAAUGUGUACGGCGCAUCAGCUUCAACAGCGUACUUUCCCUCCAAUCUUAACGAGAUCUUUUUGAACAAUGCAGGGUUCGAGAAUUUAAGGACAGAUUACAUGGAGGUGCGCUUCUUCUUUGACACUCUUAGUUACCUAAACGUGGAAUACAUCCCUGAAUACAGCAUAGAAACCAUUAUAGCGACUCUAGGGGGCCAGAUGGGGAUAUUCUUGGGCGCCAGUCUACUGACACUUUCGGAACUGGUAGAAUUCCUGAUGAUGGCCGCCCUUUUAGCGUGCAAGAGAGCAUUCCAAAGAAGACGGAAGUGA